AUCCACUUCCUCAGUGCCAUCUGGAGGGGGAAGCUAACUGUGCCAGAAAAUCAAUAGCUACACUGUGUGCAUUCUGGGAGUUUGCCAGAGUGAGGAAUUGUGACUCACGUAAAGCUGUGUGGUAUUCCACAUGUUCCUCUUGAAUUUGUAAACUGACAUGUGACAUAACAUUGUCUGUAAUCCAAUUUUUAUUAACCACAUCUGUGCCCUGAUCAGAUUACAUAUGUAGCCAUUUUAUGUCUGUCAGUUAUGAAAACUGGAAAUUUGUAGCUAUUGCACAGUAGUGUAGUCUAGUGAUUCAUGUAGUGAUGUGUGUAAUGUGAUGCACACUGUUAUGGUAGGUAAGGGUGCUUCAUACAUAAUUAGCAUUCUCCAGUGAACGGGUGGGAGUGCUUACUGUGCAAUCAUGAUAGACCAGGACAUGGCUGGUGCCCAGGACACCAUCUACCUUUGCAACUUUCGUGUUUCUGUGGAUGGCGAGUGGCUGUGCCUCAAAGAGCUUCAGGAUGUUGAAUUCAGCGUUCCUGAUUCUUCCCAACCAUCUACUCCUUCUCCUGAUGGUCCUUUACCUCUCCUAGCACGAGAUCCUGUUAUGAUUGAAAGAAGCAACUUGUUGAACAUAUCAAAACUAAUUGUGAAAGAAUUGAUUGAAACAUCACUUAAAUAUGGAAGAAUGCUUGACUCUGAUCAUAUGCCUCUUCAACACUUUUUCAUUGUGUUAGAACAUGUAUUAAGGCAUGGGCUGAAGCCAAAGAAGGGCCUCCUUGGACCAAAGAAAGAGCUCUGGGAUGUUUUGCAGUGCGUUGAAAAAUAUACUGUGGAAGCACAGGAUAUUACAUCAAGCGUACGAGAUCUUCCUACUGUUAGGACGCAUAUGGGAAGAGCUCGUGCUUGGCUGCGAUUAGCCUUAAUGCAGAAGAAACUUGCAGAUUAUUUGAAAAUUCUCAUAGACCACAAAGAUGAUCUGCUGUCUGAGUAUUUUGAGCCUGAUGCUUUGAUGAUGAGUGAAGAAGCCAUUGUUAUUAUUGGACUGCUUGUGGGGCUGAAUGUUAUAGACUGCAAUUUAUGCGUGAAGGAAGAGGAUUUAGAUUGUCAGCAAGGUGUGAUAGAUUUUUCAUUGUAUCUGCGUUCCUCAAAUCACACACCUGAGGGUUCUCCAGAAGAUGAGCUGGACCAAGACAACAUGACUACAGUUCUCGAUCAGAAAAAUUACAUAGAAGAGCUUAAUAGGCAUCUUAAUGCCACAGUAACAAAUCUUCAGGCAAAAGUUGAAGCAUUAACAACAACAAAUGCAUUGAUGAAGGAAGAUCUUGCUAUUGCAAAAAACAACCUCUUAACGCUUUAUGAGGAAAAUGAAAAUCUCAAGAAAGAGCUUGGACUUGAUUCCAACUCGGAGCGAAUGGACGAAGGAGGAGGAGAACAAAAUCUGCCAGCUCAAAAUAAGAAGACCGAACAGUCAGCAGAAGUGGAAGAUCUGAAACAGCAACUGGAAAAUGAGAGAAAAUUGAGGCAGGAGGCUGAAAAGGAACUGAAUUUACAGAUAAGCUUGAAAGCUGAAAUGGAAGUUGCAAUGAAGCUUCUAGAAAAAGAUAUACAUGAGAAGCAGGAUACUAUAGUUUCUCUACGCAGGCAGCUGGAUGAUAUUAAACUUAUUAACCUAGAAAUGUAUAAGAAGUUGCAGGAGUGUGAAAGCUCACUUAAACACAAAACUGAACUAAAGAACAAGUUGGAAGCAAAGAACGUAGCCAUGUCUGAAACAAUACAAACGAUGGAGGAAAACAUGAAGAGGACUGAACAAGAGAAAAACAGUGCUGAAGAAUCCCUGCGUAAACUGGGACAGCAGCUAAUGGAGAAGGAUGUUAAGACAAUGAGUGUUGAAGGAGAUCUAAAAAUUGAAAGGGAAUGGCGAACAUCUCUUCAAGAAACUAUGGUUAAGGACAGAGAUAAGAUCUCACAAUUGAAUCAGGAACUUGCACAGCUGAGAGCUGUUGCUUCUAAACAUAUGGCUCUGCAACAAGAGCAUUACUCACUCCAGGAGCAGUGUCGUGAACAUGAAUUAGCUUUGGAAGAAAUUGGAGGAGAACUACGGCGUGCUAAGCUCCAACUUGAUGAACUGCGUGAAGAAGCAGCAGUAGGAGCAGGACUGGGGCGUGCACCUGAUGCAACCUGGGCACCCGACAAAGAAGCGACUUCCUGUCGUGCCUGCUCUCGAGAAUUUAGCAUCAAACGUCGUAAGCACCACUGCCGUAACUGUGGAGAAAUUUUUUGUAACAAGUGCUCAGAUAAUGCAAUGAUGCUACCCUCUUCAGCAAAGCCUGUGCGAGUAUGUGAUGAAUGCCAUGUUUACCUUGUUGGACGCUAUUCGGUGUGCAACUGAGGACCAGAUACGUAGCCAUUGCUAUGUACAUAAUAUGUAUUGCUUCUAAAGGAGCUUUAUGUAUAUAUAUAUGAAUUACAGAUUAUUUGAAGAGUUACAUUAAGGAGGUUAUAGUGUCUGUUAUAACUGUGAUAUAUUUUGUGAAAUUAUUUAUACAAAUAAGCAGAUUUAUUUUUGCCACUCUUGUCAAUGUUAUAAUAAAAACAGUGUGUUCUGUAAUAUAAAUUGUCAAAUGUGCAUUUCAUCAGUGAAACUGAUACUGUUUGCUUAGCACAACGAAAAUCUUAUUUUGUAUGAAAUGUAUAUUUUAGAGUGAACCAAAGUAAGGACAACAACAAAAAAUUAUCACAAAAAAUGUAUGUAUGCUGUAAUAUAUUUAAACUUUUGAAGUUGUUUUUAUGGCUUUUCACAUAAGUUUUUACUUAACAACAGUUGUUUCAAGUGGCUGAAGCUUUAAUUGUCAUUCAUUCAUUCAUUCAUUCAUUCAUUCCAUUCAUUAAUUCAUUAGUUUUAUAGGUUACAUAUUGUUUUCUGUAACACUGUGUCUAGUGGCCUUCAUUGUACUUUAGUCUUAUACACUAAAGAUCUGAAAAGUCGCCACUUGAAAGUUUUUAAUCUUGAAUGUAAUCUUUUUUUAUGAAUCCAUUUAUGUAUAUUAUAUACACAGACCAGAUCUGUGAAGUAUCAAAAGUAUCUCUUGUUUCAUAAGUGGCUAUCUUUCAUAUUUAAAAAAUUACCUUGGAUCAUAAAAAAUGAAAUUUCCAAGUAGAGAAGUAAGAUAACAUGUAUAAACAUGAACCUCUGUUUGUUUUCACAUUCCAGAAAAGUUAAUCUUUUGCAGGAGUAAUUGAAGCAGGUCUGGCAGCAAUAGAAAUCCUCACUUGAGACAUUUUUUUUCAGUCACUGCUAUUCAUUCCAUGGAAAUGUGCAGUACUUAAUUUGUUGUCAAGUGUGUAGUGAAGAACUCAUCCACAUUCACAACCAACAUUUUAAGUUGGUAUACUUACACAGGGGAGUGGAGGAGGAUGUAUUUGUGUUCUCUGUUUGUCAUAAUGUUCUGGUAUUUAACAUAUAAAUUAAUUUAGAAUAUUUUCUUUAUUGUGUCAUACAACAUGUGUUCUUGCCUCAACUAUGUUUUCAAGAUCUGGUUUGAUCAGAGUAUUUUAUGUUCUGUUCUUGUACUUACUUCUUUAAAGAAAAGACAACUUCUGUAAGCAGUUAUGACUUUUGUCUCAAAUCAAACAUUUUCAUGCUAUAAAAGUGUUUCAUAUUAUUUGAACAACUGCUAAACAGACAAGGUAAUUGCAGUGAAUGAAGUAAUUGGAAUGCAGCUAUGAAAACACCCAGAAAUGUAUUUGCAUUACACACUGGUCAAGAUCAUGAUCUCAAAUAUUAUACAUUCACUUCCAUUUCUAGUAUCAGUGUGUUGCUGAAUAGGUUUUAAUUGUCAGUGUAGCUGACAUGUGAAGGGUGCUGAAAUAAUUGUAUUUUCACCAUCAUUUUGCUAACCUGUAGUGGAGAUGAAUGACUGAACGUCACUUUGUACAUCUACAUCUGCAUGACUACUCUGCAAUCCACACUUAAGAGCUCGGUAGAGGGUUCGUCGAACCACUUUCAUGCUAUUUCUCUGCAGUUUUACUCUCAAAUAUUACAUGGGAAAAAUGAACACCUAAAUCUUUCUGUGCAAGCUCUAAUUAAUCUUAUUUUAUUACAGUGGUUAUUUCCCUGUAUGUAAGUGGAACUCAACAAAAUAUUUUUGCAUUCGGUGGAGAAAAUUAGUGAUCAAAGUUUCAUGAAGAGAUCUCAUCACAAUGAAAAGUGCCUUUGUUUUAUUGAUCACUAUCCCCAACUUGUGCAUAAUAUCUGUACACCCUUUCCCCUGUUUCACAAUAAUACAAAAUGAGCUGCACUUUGUUGAACUUUUCCGAUGUCCCAAUGUCCUCCAUCAAUCUUAUCGGGUAAGGGUCACUUAGAGUCUAGCAGUACUCCAGAAGAGAAUUGGCAGGCAUAGUGCAGGCAGACUCUUUAGUGGAUUUGCAGCAUAACAAAUAUGUCAUCUAAAUUAUUUAGGAUUUGAUUUUGAUCUCCUGAUUGACUUCUAGGUGGUACACGACAAUGUCAUAUGCAAACAAUCCAAGAGAUCUGCUCAGAUUGUGUGCUGAGUUGUUUAUAUAAAUUAGUAACAGCAAAGAGCUGUUUAACCUGCUUGGAGAAUGUGUUUCACUUGAUGACUUUAUUAGAUACUAUGAACUGUGACCUUUCCGAUAGGAAAUUGUGAAUCCAGUCUUCCAUCUGGAACAAAAUUUGAUAGGCACUCAAUCUGAUUAGAAGCAGCUUGUGAAAAAUGGUAUCAAAAGCCUUCUGGAAAUUAAGAUCCAGUUGAGAUCCUCCAUCAAGUACACUCAUUACUUCAGAUGAAUAAAAAGCCUGUUGUAUCACAGAGGAAUGAUAUUUUCUGAAUCUGUUUCUGUGUCAAUAGACCAUUUUCUUGGGGUAUUUCAUAAUGUUGAAAAACAGUAUAUGAUCCAAAAUUGCACUGUAAAUUGAUGUCAAUGUUGUUGAUCUAUAAUUCAGCAGAUUACUUUUGUUUCCUUUCUUGUGUAUUGGUGCAAUCUGUGCAGCUUACCAGUCUUUGAGUACGGAUCUUUUGUUGAGCGUGCAGAUGUAUAUGGUUGCUAAAUGUGGCUCUGAUUACAUCAGGAGUAAAAAGAAAAUAUCACACUUCUAACACUUACAGUUUGUGCAAACUUUUGACUGAAAUAAAAUGAUGUACAGUA